AUGGAUGGAGAAGGCGUUUACAAGUGGUCAGAUGGAACGAUCUUUACCGGGGGGUUCAGGCGCAACACCAUAUCGGGUUUUGGCACAUAUACUUGGCCAGAUGGUACAGUAUAUGUCGGAAAUGUUUUCCGUGGUUUCCGACAUGGACAGGGAACACUCAAGGGCAUGAAUGGUUCCCCUUGCUACGACGGUGAAUGGUUCCUAGGUUCCAGGCACGGGCAUGGGACGCUCUCUUAUAACCUUGAACAAAGCUCCCGAUAUGAGGGCAGCUGGGUAAAUGACAAUAGAGAGGGACGCGGCACGAUGUAUUAUGCAAGUGGUAAUAUCUAUCUGGGUGAGUGGUCGAAAGGUAUCAAGUGUGGUGUUGGUAAGAUGAUAUGGAAUGAUCGAGGUGAGCGCUACGUCGGCAGCUGGCUGAACGAUCGACAGAAUGGCAGGGGAGAGCAUGCUGGUGUGCGUCAUGGAGUAGGAACCUUUUACUACGCGAACGGGGCGCGGUAUAAUGGCCAAUGGUUUCACGGAAUCAAGCAGGGGAAUGGUCUCUUUAUCUACGAUGAUGGCGCUCUGUAUGCGGGUAAGUUC